AGGAGCUAACUGUAGCUUUCCAUUGGGUGUUGCGUGGCUUUUGCCACCCGCACCGAAAAGAGAGAAACCAAUGAAGCAAACCAUGGUGCUGCAACUGCUGUUGAUCUGCAGCCUAUGCAGCUUAAACGAUGCAAUGAAGGCAUCCCAUAGCAGAUCGUGGGGAUCCGGCUGGGUGCCUCUCGCAUCUGAGGACGAACCCAUCGUCACCGUUUUUCACACGGGCUUGCUGUCCCGUGACCAAGAUGUGGAUGCCUUUCAGAGGACAGCUGCGCAGCAGGGUUCUACGUUGAAUGGCACUGCCCACAAGAAGAAGAAGAAGGAGUGUCCACCAGGCUAUGUCCUGUCUGAAAGCGAGGAAUGCAUUCCGAUCACCUGCGAGGUUGGCAUUGGCGAUGCUUGUGCCAGCUGCAGGAAGCAAGAGCUGCGAUCCGCGGACAACCAAUGCGCAACAUGCAACCCUGGAUAUUGGCUGAAUACAGAGACCUUCACAUGUUCUUCCUUCGCUUGCGAGAUCACGGCAGAUGGGCGUGGAUGUGCUGGCUGCCAGCCCCUGCACUUGAGGACCGGAGACAACCAUUGCUCUUCGUGUCAUGCUGGUUUUCAACUCAUAGGAGGUGCCUGCAAUCCUCUGCCGUGUAUUGAGGGUGAUGGGCCUUCCUGCAAGAAGUGCGUGCCUCAAAGCAACCGGACAGCUGGUGGGCAAUGCCUCUCCUGCAAUACUGGCUAUCAGUUGACGUCUGACCUGCAGUGCAAACCCUUGGUCUGCCGCACUGGUGGAGGGGCCGCCUGCAAAGUGUGCAAAGCACUUGCUUCAACAAGUGCAGAUGGCCAAUGCUCCCAGUGCAACCUUGGGUACUACUUGGAUUCAGACACCGAAAAGUGCACGCCAUGGCCUUGCAGAGAAGGCCAUGGCGCUGGCUGCAAGGCUUGCAAGGCGCAGAUCGAUCGAACAGCCAUUGAUCAGUGCCAGGAGUGCAACCCCGGAUAUCAACUCCAUGCGGAUGGCAGUUGCCAUCCCUUCAAGUGCACUGAGGUGGGUCUGGGCCAUCCCUGCAAGGCAUGUAGGAAACAGGCAGAUCGCCGGGCAGACAACCAAUGUGCUGAAUGCAACGUGGGAUUUCGCCUGGGGCCCGAAACCUUCAUGUGCAUUCCGCACAGAUGUAAUGAGGGCCCAGGAAGUGCCUGCAAGUCAUGCGCUUCCUCAAAAGAAGCUACUCAUGAUGGGGAAUGUCUAGAGUGCAAUGCUGGCUAUGAGCUCAUGCCAGAUGGUAGCUGCCGACCCUACGAGUGCACUCCAAACCAAGCUGAUGCAGGUUGCAAAACGUGCCAGCUCUUAGCGUCCAGACGGAGUGACCAGCAAUGUGCCAGCUGCAAUGAAGGGUUUGCGUUGGCUGCUGACAACGUCUCGUGCGUUGCCGUCGAUUGUACCACGGGCCCUGGGCAUCAGUGUAGAAGAUGCACCUCCGACAGAACACAGUGCGACGAUUGCAACCGGGGCUACUACCUCACCAUCGACCGUGCCUGCCGCGCCUUCGAAUGUCACCCUUCACCAGCCUCAGGGUGCAAGACCUGUCGCGCACAAGAGCAUCGCACCGCCAAGGGGCAGUGUUCAGCGUGCAAUGAGGGCUAUUUCCUGGAUGAUGACUUCUUUUGCAAACCAUGGCCCUGCAAGAUGAGCGGUGCUGGUGCGGCUUGCAAGGUUUGUCGGCCUUUGGCCGAUCGCACUGGGCCGAAUCAGUGCCAAGAAUGCAAUGCAGGACAUUUGCUGAGCGAAGACCUGACCUGUAUCCCGUUCAGCUGCAGCACGGGGGCUGGAAAUGCCUGCAACAGAUGUAGGGACCUGGCACGCUUGACCAGUGAUGAUCAGUGCGAGAGGUGCAACUUUGGGUACCGUCUCUCCAGCAGCUUCACUUGUGAACCUUACCAGUGCAGCACUGGAGAGAAUUCCAGCUGCAAGACGUGCAAGGAUCAGACCUCCCGGGGCAUGGACAGCCAGUGCAGCGCCUGCAAUGCCGGCUAUGAGUUGAAGGAUUCCAUGUGCAGGCCAUACGUGUGCAAUAGUGGUGCCGGUGCAGCGUGCAAGACAUGCAAACCGCUGGCAUUGCGAACUCAAGAUGAGGAAUGUGCGGAGUGCAAUCCUGGUUUCUUCUUGAGCAACGGCACCUGCAAAGAAUUCUCUUGCAGCGUUGGCCAAGGUGCCUUGUGCCAGGAAUGCUUGAUACAAGACGCUCGCACGGCAGAAAACCAGUGCAUGGAGUGCAACAAGGGAUUCUACCGCAAUGCCAAAUUCCAGUGCAUCCCUUACACCUGCAAAGCGGAUGAGGGCUGCAGCGAAUGUGUCUCCCAGAGUCUCCGCACUGCAGAUGGCCAAUGCGCAGAGUGUCGUCCUGGAUAUGUGAAGACAUUGGACAAUUUGUGCGAGCCAUUCACGUGCUUGACAGGAUUUGGGCCUGGGGAGACUGGCAUAGCCAUGGAUCGUUGA